UAUUUAGCGUGAGGAUGCAGCUCGAUGAGGAGGAGGAGGGGGGCGGGUAAAAGUGUGACCUCUGCGUGGUCAUCUUCAUCACCACCAUCAUCAGCAGCAGCAGGACUAGCUCCUCCAGCCUUCAGGUGCGGAGGGAGCAGCUCUAAGAACCGCUGUGUGCGGGUUUGAAGCCACAACAGUGAGUCGGUCCGGUGUCAGCAGGCCGUCCUCACCUGCCACACAGUCCGGAGGCAAACACCUGAGGUCGGUCCCCCGGUCAACCCCCCUCUCCCCGUGGAGUAAAGGUGUAAUCAUAAUAACCAAAGUAUUUUUUAUGGCAGAGCUAAAAAAAAAAAAAAUGUCAGCAAACUAAAGUUUUAGGUGUUUCCAAGUGGCCGGAGGGCGGAGGUUAUCCACUGUGGGGAGGAUACUACUCGCGAGCUUAGUGACACUUCACACAUUGAACGCAUCGUUCCCGUAUAGGUUCUGGCAGCUGUGACGUCACUUCCAGGCGUUAGUCUGUACCCAGCCUGAAUGCAGCCUCUCCAGGGUCCAGCCUAAUUCCUGGUGCUCCUUCACUCCCGCCUCCUCCCUCCUCUCCCCACCCUUUCCCCCUUCCUGCCCCACCCCUCCUUUCCUCCAUCCUCAUCCUCCACCCUCCACAUCAGCCUCGUCUUAACACAAACUCCCAGCAUUUAGCCCGGACUGCUGGUGUGGUUGGCUGCUCCUCUACAGGUGGAUGAAUGAAGACCCCCUUCAAGAGCCCAACGGCGCCGCGGCCCCGAGCGGACGGAGGACAUUCGGGCGUCUCUGCAAACAUGAUGAAGAAAAAGAAUCCGCACAAGAAGCAGAGGACCAGCGUGGGUCCCAGCAAGACCCUGACUCAGCCCAGAAGGAACAUCGUGGGCUGCAGGAUCCAGCACAUCUGGAAGGAGGGCAGUAAGUCGUCGCAGUGGAAGGGGACGGUCCUGGACCAGGUGCCCGUUAACCCCUCCCUCUACCUGAUCAAAUACGACGGCUUCGACUGCAUCUACGGCCUGGAGCUGUACACCGACGAGCGGGUGGUGGGGCUGGAGGUUCUGCCCGACAGAGUGGCUCCGGCCCGUGUGACCGACUCACUGCUGGCAGACACGAUGAUCGGUAAGGCGGUGGAGCACAUGUUCGAGACGGAGGACGGGCCGAAGGAGGAGUGGAGGGGGAUGGUGCUGGCCCGCGCUCCCAUCAUGACCUCCUGGUUCUACAUCACCUACGAGAAGGACCCGGUGCUCUACAUGUACCAGCUGCUGGACGACUACAAGGAGGGCGACCUGCGCAUCAUGCCCGACUCCAACGACAGCGUGACGGCGGAGCGAGAGCCCGGCGAGGUGGUCGACAGUCUGGUGGGCAAACAGGUCGAGUAUGCCAAAGAGGACGGCGGGAAGAGGUCGGGAAUGGUGAUCCACCAGGUGGAGGCCAAACCCUCCGUCUACUUCAUCAAAUUCGACGACGACUUCCACAUCUACGUCUACGACCUGGUCAAGACCUCCUAAGACCAGAAACCCUGUUUAAAAAAGACUUGCUGAGAACCACCAACCCCCCCAGAAACCCUCUGCCCAGUGCAGACCAGUCAGCUCUGUACUCUCUUUGGUGAAAUGCCUUAAAACAGGACAAAAAUCCAGACAGCGCCCUUCAGACCAGCUCCAGUCGUCCAUCGCUCAUCGUUCCACUUUCACAAAAUCGGUUUUUGAAUAAAUAAAAUCUGCUUCACCCAGAGGUGUAGAGAGGACUCGAUCCUGAGACCCCCACAGAGAGAACGCAAGGUUUUCUGAAUAAGUACUCCCUUCCCUGAACCCCGUCGGACCCUCUGCGACCUCCGUUAUCUGACGAAGAGGGGGGCGAGCAGCUCUGCGGGGGUCGAUGAAGGGACGGGACUUCAGGAGCCGCAUUCUCGACGACGUCUAUCUGCAAACCAACACUGAGAGAUGCAGCGGGGAAACAGACUUUGGGUUCAUCACUUGUCUCUUUCUUGUUGCUGUUUGUGUCCCACAAUCAUUUUAUGUUUCACAUCAAACAUCUUCAGUGUUUGUUUUCCCAAAUUCAGCAUCCAGGAAACAGCAAAGUGUGAAUGAAGACACCAUACUGUUGUUUUCUGAGCAUGUUUUCCAUCAUUGCAGCUGUUAUUUGGGUUCACAUCUGUCGUCUCCGUCAUAAAAACAGCUGUCCUGGUUGGCUCCAAAGCUGAUGUCGGAUCUUAAACACAAAAUAGUUUUUUUAUAAAGGUGUGCUCCCCUUCCUCCUGCUGCUGCUGUAGAGUUUACAUGGUUUGUGUCAUACCUUUUCUCUGUAUUGACACCUUUAUGUUUUUAUCUGUUGUGUAUACUUUUUAUUACCCACUUAGCUUGUAGGACGCUUGCGGCUGUUGCAGGUGUGUACAAUAAUGUUUCUAUAACUGACGGAUUUCACUUUGCUCACUGACUCUGGAUUUGGGCGCUCGUCCCCGGGUUCACGGCUCGCUGUAAAACAGCAUAAACUCUUAGCUGAUGUAGCUCCGCCCAUCACAGUAGGUGGUCUUUUUUUUUUUUUUUUUUCUUGCACCAAACAGCUGACGCAUAAACAGCCAUGUUGCCUGAACCACAUCUCGUGUGCCUGAUUAAAAGAUCUCAAACUAUAUGUUUAAAAAUCCAACAUAAUUUCCUUUGUAGUUGCCAAACAGUUCAUUCUGGUUCUGGAUCCAAACGGAUUUCAGUCCAGAACAUUCCUGUUAGACGACACGUCCCAGGUGAAAUACGUUUUGGUUUACAGCGGAGUCUCAUCAGCGCGGUUUUUUUCCCCCUUUUUCCAGCGCGAGGAAACGGUUUAAAGUUCUCAUCCUGGACUCUGCAUUCCCAAGCUCUAGAACAAGUCUUCGUCCUCUAGAACUAAAAUACCCAAGUUUAACAUCUCACCGCGUUCGUUUGCCGUUUAGGUUCAAGGUUUUCUGUUAGAUUUCCCACAAGUUCUACAACACUGAGGCAAACAUUGUAGACAGUCUUGAGAACCCCAGCUUCCCUGAUUCUGGGCCAAAUCUGGAUUAGAAAUCUUAACAUCCUCUCAGAUUUGGACCUUAACCUGCUCUUCUGGACCCUGUUUGUCUGUUUCCGUCAACAUAUAUAACAGACAUUUUUAUUGUCAUUAUUAUUUUAUUGUUUUUGUUUUUUUUAAUUAUUCAAGAAUCUGUUUUAUGUUGUCCCAACGUCUGUCCUCUUGGUCGCAGAACCAACUGUCCUAAACUGCCCAGCUAUACAUCCUAGAACAUGAAGGUCGAAAUAUUCUAGAAAAUCAAACAUGUUCAGCUUCUGAGGUUUUUGUGGGAUAAUUGUUUUUUAUAUUCUAGACUUUUGUUUUGUUCUAGAGUCUGUUUUUCAGUAUUGUUUCCCAUGAAAGUCUCCGAUUCAAGAAUGUAUCUGGUUUGGAAAGAUGAUUAUGACUUCCAGAGUUGACAAAAUAUCUUUCAGCAGUUCAGCUAAUGUUCGGGGCUCUGUGGUUUUACAUCAAACUAUGUGCUGCUCUGGAUGACUCUGGUUCUGGAGGAUAUUUGAUUGAUUGAACAAAAACGUUUUUUCAAGUGUUGGAAAAAGUCAGUUUUUUUCUUAGACAUCAUAUGAUGGAACAUUUAUUUCUUCAGUAUUUCAUUUGUUCCUCUGUCCCCCCCCCCACACACACACACACACUCUUCAUCCUGUCUGUGUUGGUUCUGGACGGUCAGAUUCUAGAAUCGUUUAACUGUGGAACCUUUUUCAGGUUUGAUCUCAAACAGCGCUGGAAUAUUUUACGGAGUCUAGAACAAAUCUUAAAUCCUUUUUACAGUUUAUUCUAGAAUCUGUUUCCAGAAUUGCACUAAAAUAGAUUUUAUGUGUAUUUUCAUUCAAAGAAGAAUGCUUGUAGAGUCUUUGGUUGAAAUUGUGUUGAAUCCUUCUUUACUUGAGACUCUGGAACCUUCUACAACAUCAGGCCCAGGCUGCUGUAGAAUCAGUGGAAGCCACAUGGAGGCGUGUCGACAGUUUCCUUACUAAUUCGAGAGCGUACGUGCAGAAAAUGGAGCCUGCACAUUUGAAGCUCUUUGAGAGCUGCGGUUUGAUUCUGUGCGAUGCGAGGAAAACGUUGAAGCUGUUUUUGGUCUUUUUGUUUUCAGAUUCUAGAAAACAUUUGUCUCUGAUUGGAGUCACUUCUCUCUAGAGCUGUUCUGGUUUACGUGUGAGUUCUGAUUGAAGGCUUGUUGAGGUUCUGUUUUCAGAAUCUGAUCCCACACGAUUCUAGAAUCUGUACUUUAAUAUCCCGUCAGAAUGCACAUGAUGAAAAUGCCGUUGAAGGAUUCCCACCUUAUGUUGUUUUUCCUUAGGCUCUAGAAGCCGUGUCCUCAUCCUGUCACUAAUGUCAGAGUCUAGAGCUCUUUGUCGGUUUGUCUCAGAUUGAAAUCAUCUGUUGUUUUUCUAAACUCUUCAGAUUUGAUUUGAUUAUUUUGUAUUUUUAUUUUAUCGGCUGGAGGACGCAGGAACCUGAACACGUUCUGGAUGGUGGAUUCAUACACGUGCACGUAUGUCUGCUCACUGUGGCGUGAGCUCCGGCACAUUUCACACAGGCUUAAUUCCAGAAUCUGUUCAUCCCAUCCACGGCUGCUCUAGAGUCACCGUGACGUUGUUAGGCGUGUUACUUGGCUUCACUACAGUUUACUACAGUUACGAAUCACAGGAUGUGCUGAGAGACUCCGGGGUGGGGGUCGGGCUUGGGGGGUGAUGUGAAUGCCGAGCCUCCCUGAUGUGGAGUGGUGCGUUCAGGAGACAUUUGUACUUUCCAGGAAACCUUUGAUGUGUAGCGUGUGUGUGUGUGUGUGUGUGUGUGUGUGUGUGUGUGUGUGUGUGUGUGUGUGUGUGUGUGUGUGUGUUCAGAGCAGUGUUGUUUUUGCAUGCAUAUAUUAGCUCUGUGUAAAUCGAUGUGAGUUGCAUGUCCGUGUAGUUUUCAGUUGUCCGGCUGUCUGUUGUGGCUUUCGGUGCCUUUUUGUUUCUUCUUCUUUUACUUGUCCCCCGUGUCCCUGAUGACAUUUGUUGUCGGGUUAAUGGUCCAAAAAAAGAAAGGGGAAAAGCAUUAAACAGGAUCCUGGACCAGCAGGGCACGCAGCCGUUACGAGUCCAGCAGCAGAGCUUGUACAGACGUCGCAGCGGCGGUAAUGUGUGUGAACUCUGUUUUGGUUUUGUUCAGUUUUUGGGUGGAUCGUCCCUUUAAAGUGUGCCAACCUACAGAUGCCAGUGUUGUACAGCAGUGAAAAGCUCACUAUUUACUAAAAUAAACUGUUUCUCUGUUUUUGCA